AGCCCUCGCCUUUAGACAUCACAGGCCAAAGGCAUUACAGACCAAAGGUCUCUUACCAUACCACUAUCUCUAUGAGCUCAACAUAUGCUGUAUGAGAGGACAGACGUCACUGCAGUGGAUUCGAUCGGAAUAGCUGCGUCUUUUCGUGAGUCGGGGAACUUUUUAGAAGAAAGGUCUUUUGCAUGGUGAGAACUGCUGUGAGGAGAGCAGCAUGGAGAACAACGUCACACAGAUCUCCCGAGAAGAUUUGGAGGAACUGAGAGAGGCUUUCAACAAAAUCGAUAUUGAUAACAGUGGCUAUGUAAGCGAUUUUGAACUUCAAGAGCUAUUUCGAGAAGCCAGCUUUCACCUUCCGGGAUACAAGGUACGGGAGAUUGUGGAGAAGUUCAUUGCUGGUGAUACCAACAAAGAUGAGAAGAUCAGUUUUGAAGAGUUUGUUGUGAUAUACCAAGAGCUAAGAAGUAAGGAAGUGAGAGAAACUUUCCGCAAGUCCAUCUCCAGGCGGGAUGGGAUUCGUUCAUUUGGAGGAACAUCAAAAAUCUCAAGUGAAGGAACGCAGCAUUCUUACUCAGAUGAAGAAAAAGUGGCCUUUGUCAACUGGAUCAAUAAGUCCUUGGCAAAAGAUCCUGACUGCAAACAUCUGAUCCCAAUGGAUCCGGGAACUGACAGUUUAUUCAAAUCCGUAAAAGAUGGAAUUUUGCUGUGCAAAAUGAUUAACCUCUCACAGCCAGACACCAUUGAUGAGCGGGUGAUCAACACAAAGAAAUCCACUCCAUUUACAAUGACUGAGAAUUUGAUGUUGGCACUUAACUCUGCUUCGGCUAUUGGCUGCACAGUAGUCAACAUCGAUGCACAGGAUAUGAAAGCAGGGACCCCGCACCUAGUGCUUGGCCUCCUUUGGCAAAUCAUAAAAAUCGGCCUCUUCGCUGACAUUGAGAUCUCACGCAAUGAAGCUCUAAUUGCAUUGCUCGAUGAAUCAGAAGAGUUGGACCAACUGAUGUCAAUGUCCCCUGAGGACCUUUUGCUGCGAUGGGUCAACUAUCACCUCAAAGCUGCUGGCUGGCAACAAAUCAGAAACUUCAGUGAUGAUAUCAAGGACUCCAGGGCAUAUUUCCACCUGCUUGGUCAGAUCUCACCUAAAGGAGACGGGGAUGAUGAGAUGAGGAUUGACAUUGACAUGUCUGGUCUGAAUGAGCGUGAUGAUGAAAUGCGAGCUGAGCUGAUGCUGAGGCAGGCAGAUCGCCUAGAUUGCAGACAGUUUGUCACUCCCCGGGAUGUGUUGGCAGGAAACCAUAAGCUCAACAUGGCCUUUGUGGCCAAUCUUUUCAACAUGUACCCGGCCUUGAACAGACCCACCAACAAUGGCAUUGAUUAUGCAAUUGAGGGGGAAACAAGAGAGGACAGGACAUUCAGAAACUGGAUGAAUUCUCUGGGGGUUUCUCCGCAUGUCAAUCACUUGUACAGCGAUCUGCAUGAUGGUCUCAUCAUUCUUCAGUUAUAUGAGAGAAUCCAAGUUCCUGUUGACUGGACUAGAGUGAAUAAACCUCCCUAUCCAAUACUGGGCUCCAACAUGAAGAAGCUUGAGAAUUGUAAUUAUGCGGUUGCACUGGGCAAAAAGGAAGCAAAGUUUUCCUUAGUAGGAAUCGGUGGUGAGAAUAUCAAUGAGGGAAGCGCCAUGCACACCCUGGCACUGGUCUGGCAACUAAUGAGAAGAUACACAUUGAAGGUUCUGUCUGACAUCGGUGAUGGGGAAAUAGUCAGUGACCAAAUUAUUAUCAAUUGGGUGAACAACACCUUGAAACAAGGCGGUAAAGACUCGUAUAUUAACAGCUUCAAGGACAAAUCAAUCAGCACUAGCCUGCCAGUGAUUGAUCUGAUCGACAUCAUCAUGCCCAAAGCCAUUAAAUUUGAGAUGGUGAAGAGUGGAGAAAUGACGCCAGAGGACAAGCUGAACAAUGCAAAAUAUGCAAUCUCAGUGGCACGAAAAAUUGGAGUAAAGGUGUACGCCCUGCCCGAUGACCUUGUGGAGGUCAACCCCAAGAUGGUGAUGACGGUGUUUGCAUGCCUCAUGGGAAGAAGCUUGAAGAAAGUCAAUGGCUGACCUUUCUUAAAGAUGUUGUCAGAAAGCACAACCCUCACGUUGCACUUUUUCUUCCCCUAACGUCCCUUCUGCCUUACGCACCAACACUUUAAUGCAAUUCUUGUUGUUUUUAUGAAUAUUUCCUCAUGAAUUCACCUCCUGUUAAUUGCAUCGAAAUAUAUUUCACUAAUCAUUUCAUUUCUACUAGCUAAGAUACUAUAUGUAGAUGCAAGAUUAUUCAAAGAUAAUGUUAUUUUCUUAAUAUCUGUGAAUCCUUUAUUUCUUCAUUGACUCAUUAAAACAAUUAUUUCGGUUGAAGCCAGAUUGUAAAUAGCUGGAUAUUUUUACGUUGCGUAAAUAAAGGUGCUCACAAGAAAUAUUUGAGCCAUGUAGAUCUGCACAUUCAUUCAGUUGGUUAUUUAAUCAGGCUUAGAAUCAGCUGACAACCUGUCCUGGCUUAUAAUCAUACAUUUUGUCUAAAUAUUUGCUUAUCCAGGGAAGCGCAUUGUAAUCUAGAGGAGGAUAUUUUACAGCGAAUGUGUGUUGAAAGCAGAAAAAUGCCACAAUUGGCAGAAAAAAAUCAUUAAACUAGCAUCCACAUCAUUUAACAGUGGCCAGAAUUCCAAACACUUUCCUGGGCUCUGCCUCCUAAUUACAGUCAUCUCUGCCAUUGUCGAAUGAGUCCAGCUCUCUUUUAGAGGGAGUUUCUCUCAAUGUCAUUGUGAAAUUCCAGAUGUGUUUGAGUUUCUGGGAUAAUUUCAGCUGAGCUGAGCGUUCCCCUUUGACAGUUGUACCAUCACGUAGAGCUACGCUCUGUUUCACCCAGGAAAAUAUUCGAAGCCCCCUCUGGGCACAGUGGAUUCACUUAACAAUGUGUCUCAUUCUCUGUACUGCAUUAUGUUACUGUACAGAAACACUAUAGCAGAUCUCAGUAUUUGAACGAGUUUGGAAAAAUAUCAAUAUUGCUACCCAGUUCCAGCAUUAAUAUGCCAAUUCAAAUGCUAAACUCUUGUGAAAAUGAAGUGUGCUUAAUUGCACUUAACGGAAUGUGCACUAGUGUACUGUAAAUCUUAUAUUAUUUUAAAAACUGUACUUGCAGAUAACAAUAUUAAUGAAAUAAAAGGCUAUAACGAGA